GUUUAAAUAUGGCUGCGCGCUGAUAAAUGUCACAUUAUCACCGUUCGGGGAAACGUUAUGCAGGCUAAUUAAAACACAUUUAUAUCAACCCUGAAGGGAAGUUGAAAGGAUUCCUAUCUGAGGAAAAUUGUAGCUUCAUUUGACGCCCUUACAGGGUUUUCCAAACUAGCAUCAUGGUCCAUCUAUCAUCACUCCUUCUAAAGAAUUACCAUGGGGGUCACGUUGUCAUCCGACUGGCUCUUGCAGGCCACAAUCAGUCUAACAGACCCUUUUAUCGUAUCGUGGCAGCUUACAAUAAAAGGGCAAGAGAUGGGAAAUAUUUAGAGCAGCUGGGCACCUAUGACCCCCUUCCUAACAUCUACAAUGAAAAACUUGUCAGCUUCAACUUCGAUCGAAUUAAAUACUGGAUCGGCUGUGGCGCACAUCCGACAAAGCCAGUGGCCAAACUUCUAGGUUUAUCAGGAUUCUUUCCCCUGCAUCCCAUGACAAUAACAGAAGCUGAGCGCCGCAGAGCCCAAGCAGAGCAGACAGAAACAUCCACAGCAGCAGCAGCAGAAGGUGUGGAGGAAGGACAGCAACAGGCUGAAGUGUGACUGUCCACUACUAAAGGAUGUCACAGACAUUUGGAAAGAGAACUGACCACUUUGUUUCCUGACACACUGAAAAGACUACUCACAGAGACUGUAUCUAAGUGCUUCAGUAGUUGCUGUGAAGAAUUCAUAUUAAAAUCAUGUUCUAUUAAUUCAUAA